AUGAGCCCUUCUCAUUCGCCGCAUAUGCCCCGUUCUGCUAUCGCGCCAUCCACCUCAUCUCAUACCGCAUCACCGUCACAAAAGAAUGCACGCGGUAAUCAACACGAUAUGUUAAGCUCCCCACCAGUCCCUCCGCCGAGGACCUCAUCUGCCCAACAAAGCCGACGCAGCCCCAACGGAGAGAAGACCGGUUCCCGCUCCAGCAAAAGUCGCUCGGAUCGCAAAGAGACUCGUGACCGACCCCGUGAAGAUCGGAAUGGAAAGACGCGAUCGCGCCGUUCCGCGCCAACUGAGGAGUCUACCCAGGAUCCGGUGAGGUCACGGGGGCCGAAUUCAGAAUUCUCGGGCCCAAUGCAGUCGGAUAGGGAGGACAGUUCCGGGCCAGAUUUAGUGCGAGAGCCCAGCACCGUGAUCAAUUCGGUGUUGGUCAGUGAUCCUCUGGUAGACAGAGAGCGGGAGCAAGUGCGGCAAGUCGGUGGUGCCCCCGCCGCGGCCAUGGCGGUCGAACAGACGGCUUCCUCCUAUGGUGCGGAGGGCCCCGAGGAUGGCAAUCGUGCCGGAUAUCGCAGUCGACACGACUACAGCAACAACGGAAAAGAUCUCAAACGCAAAGAGACCACCUUUGGCACCUACAUCCUCGGCCAGACCCUCGGUGAAGGUGAAUUUGGAAAGGUCAAGCUUGGCUGGAAAAGAGAUGGAAGCAUCCAGGUCGCUAUCAAACUUAUCCGACGAGAGACCCUGGGCUCCAAUCCCAAUCGACUGCCCAAGAUUUACCGCGAAAUCUCCAUCUUGCGCGACCUGGCCCACCCAAACAUUGUCCGUCUGCAUGAAAUGGUCGAGACGGACCGUCACAUCGGCAUCAUCAUGGAGUACGCUUCGGGGGGUGAACUUUUCGAUUACAUCCUCAACAAUCGCUACCUGAAAGAUAAUUCCGCCCGCCGCCUGUUCGCCCAACUGGUAUCGGGUGUGGGAUACCUGCACAAGAAGGGUAUCGUCCACCGAGACUUGAAGCUUGAGAACCUGCUGCUGGACAGGAAUCGCAACAUCAUUAUCACGGACUUUGGCUUUGCAAACACCUUCAACCCCGUGGAUCAAUUGGAGGAGGAAAUUGAGUACAACCUCACCAACAAGGAAUAUGUCAAGCGAAAGCGCUUGGACAAGCUGGGUCCCGAUGGAUAUCGCCGUGGAGAUCUGAUGCAGACCAGCUGUGGCAGUCCCUGUUAUGCGGCGCCAGAAUUGGUUGUGAGUGAUUCGCUCUACACUGGGCGAAAGGUGGACGUCUGGAGCUGUGGUGUCAUUUUGUAUGCCAUGCUAGCAGGCUAUCUGCCAUUCGACGACGACCCGGCCAACCCGGAUGGUGACAACAUCAAUCUUCUGUACAAAUACAUCGUCACCACGCCUCUCACCUUCCCCGAAUACGUGACCCCUCAUGCUCGUGAUCUCCUGCGACGGAUUCUGGUUCCCGACCCUCGCAAACGUGCCGAUCUCUUCGAAGUUGCUCGCCACAGUUGGCUGAGUGAGUACUCGCAUAUUGUAUCACACAUUACCAGCAGCACCACCGACGUGGCAGACAUUGCCAACACGACGGUUCCAACCGAAACGAAUGUUCAGUCCCCCCCUCCUCUUGCCCGAAGCGCAUCCGUUCGGGAGCCUCCCAAGACCAGCCAUGGCCCGCUGCCCGUCGUCGGUGGUCUCAACCACCAAGCGGGUGACAUUUCGCAGGGAUCCCCAAGCGACAAGUCCAAGGCCUCACGGGAUACCAAGCGGAGAACCGUGCAGGUUGAAUAUGUCGCCCCUCAGUCGCAGACAGCCCGCGGAGGAGGAGACCUCCAGGAGCUUUCGGAAUCGCAGACUCGAGAGGCUGUCGUCGAAGAGUCGCAGCCCCCUGCUCCACCGGCCAAAGACUAUCCGGUUCGAGCUACUGCGAAGCCUCAGGCCAGCUAUGAUAAACCACUGCCGGGGCACUUCCCUCGAUCAACCUCGGACACGGCUGCCUUCACGGGUACUCACACCACUGCCCCUGCAGGGCACUCUUCUGCUCGCCCGACGACUGGCGCGUCAAUGGCAUCUUUCCACACGGGUCGGCUUCCGUCUCGGGGCUCAUAUGGCCAACCGGUGGCUCCAACGGUCACGGCGACUAAUACCGAAGGCCGCCUUGCUCAGCCCAAGAGUGGCCAGUUCACUCUGGGACAGAAUCCGGCGCCGCCGUCGGCUUCCUCUAUCGGCCGGCCCAGCACACAACAGCUUCCUCCGGCGUUCAAUCCCACCCCUCGCCAGGAACCUCCCAAGGGCCACAAGCGGUCAAACACUGUUUCCAGUCUCGGCGAGAAGCUGUUUGGACGUUCAGGCUCCAUCCUGGGCAGUCGCAACUCGCCGUCAAACGCCAAUCCUCGCAGCGAUCGUCAGAACAGGCGUUACCCUCCAACCAGCAUGAGAGACCCACUGCCGCGGGAAGACUCUCGUACCUCGAUGGAUUCACGGCGGUCAAUGCAGUAUGCUCACGGCCGCAAAGCGAGCCAGGCUGGUGACGGGCGAGCUCGUCGAUUCUCGCUGCUCCCGUCGUCUUUCUCCUUCCGCACUUUCUCCUCCGGUCGCGACCAGACUCCUGAGGAGGUAUCCCAGACGCCACGCACGGCAGAGCCGAUGGGCUCACGGCGCUCGCCCGUGAAUGUGUCCCAGCCACGCCCCCAAGCGACGAGCUACGAAGCUGAAGAUGGCAGGGGCGCGGCGAGCGAGGGCCCGGUCGAACCCCACUUUGAUCACCAGGAUCCUCAACCAGUGAGCUAUGAGGCCCAAAUCGACCAGCAAUUUGCAGAGCUUGGGAACCGGUUCGACCAACCGCAGGGUACCUUUGGUGCCAUAUCCACCGAGCCGAGCUACAACAACAAUGACGAGUACUCGAAUCGCAACUACACAUAUUCCUCAAAGCCUACCUACUAUGACGAUUACAACAACGGCAACAAUACAUAUGACAAUGUUCCUCGGCAAUCUAUGCAAACCGGUCGACGAGGACCUAAUGUCUUGCAAAAAAGUCAUCGGAAGUUCGCGGAUGCGUAUGAAUAUGAGCGGGACGGCUCACAUCAUUCCGGCAGCUCUGGUCCGGCCAGAAAGGUCAUGGAUUUCUUCCGCAGGCGUGCCAAGUCUCGUGCGGGAGAGUGA